AUUUCGUUUUUCCAAACUAUUUAAAAGGAAAUUAGAAGACGGAACAUCAUCAGUUGAAGUCAAUAUCUAAUCGAAACAAUAUCUCAGAAAUAUUAAAACAUGAAAUUGUUCAUCUUAUUCUUGGCCUUUACGGCUUUAGAAUGCAUUCCCAUUGGUGAUAAAAAUAUUCGUGUUGAUGAACAUCUUCCAGAUCAGAGAGAUGUUUUGCUAACCCAAAAUGAAAAGGGCGAAUACAGAGUGAUGGAUUUGAAAGAUGUGAGACUUCAGAAGAGUGCAUCUGUUGCAGAUAUAUAUUACUACGUGUACACUCAGAAAAACAAAGAGACACCUUACGUUGUUGGCAACAACGACGUUUCAGAACUAGAAUUUUCAGACUUCAACCCUAAAAAAAGGACAGUCUUCAUUAUCCACGGUUGGGAAAAUGAUCAUACAAGCUUGGUGAACAGUCUUGUGAAAGAGGCUUUACUGGAUACUGUUGAUGUGAAUGUCAUCGUUGUGGAUUGGGGUUCUUUGGCUAACAGAAACUACUUCACAGCUAGAUUUUCAGUUAGGAGUAUCGGGCAAUUCGUUGGACACUUCAUAAAUGAUAUAACCAAGAAGUACAAAACAUCUUUCAAAAACAUCGUUAUGGUUGGUCAUAGUUUGGGUGCUCAUGUUGCUGGGGCAGCUGGAGCUAAUACAGAACAAAAAGUUGAUUACAUCGUUGGACUUGACCCAGCUGCGCCUCUGUUCACUUUGCACAACAUCGAUGAUCGUUUGGACACAACAGAUGCCGAUUUUGUCGAAGUAAUCCACACAAGUGCAGGUCGACUUGGUUUUUCAAGUCCCAUUGGCCAUGCUGAUUACUAUCCUAAUGGUGGUGCAUCUCAACCUGGAUGCAUUUUGGAUAUUACCGCUUCCUGUGCACACUCUAGAUCCUACAUGUAUUUUGCAGAGUCUAUAAAAGAUAAGGUCAGGGAAUUCAAAGCCUACAAAUGCGACAGCUAUGCACACUACAAGGAGGGAAAAUGUAACGGCAGUGUGUCUCCAAUGGGAGAAUUCACCGUCAACAAAAAUGCUAGUGGGACUUACUACUUGAAAACAAAAGCGAAGCUACCAUAUGCUGAAGACUACAAAAACGCUGCUAGACAGUGAUUACCUAUCUUACUAUUAUGACUGAACGCUUUUGAUAUUUGCCGCCCUUGUGAUAUAUUUUAUACUUUUGAAAUUGAUAUGCAAUGCAAUUAAAUGAAAAUCGUAAAAAUAUUUGUAUUGUUAUAAAUACGAAAACAUGAAUUAUUUUAUACUUUUAAUAAAUGUUUUAUCUUA